CAACCAAGAAAAGGCCGCGAGCGGUUGUGCAGCAUUUAAGAACCCCUCCCCUCUGACCUCCAGCUGCAGUGUCCCGAUCCUGGCGGUGAUCCGAUUCCGGCCUGGUCCCUAGCAGUUAUCAUCAAAAUAAAUGGCCUAGUCCAAACUAUAAAUUAUACAACCAGAGGAAGGAGGAAGAAUAUUUGUGAUUCAGAGAAGGACCCAUUUUCAACAGAGAUUAUAUAUCAAGGAAGGAAAAAAAUGGGAAAGCCUUGUUUCCUUGCACUUCUUCUCCUCUCAGCCCUUGUGUUCCUCUCCUUCUCUCAAGGAUAUGGGAGAAGGAUUAGGGUGAUGAGGCAUUAUGGGAGGUGGCAUUCGCCUGUGCCUGUGGUACAUGAGGAAAAUUCAGGGAUGGAGAGGAAGAUGGUGGAGAUGGAGAUGGACUAUCAAGACCCAACAGCCAACACUAACCCGAAGGGUGGGACACUGCCCAAUUCUCCAAGUCCACCUCCUGCUCUCUAAGCUUCAGGACUAGCUCUCAAGAAGAAAAGAAAAAUAGCAUAACCAGGAUGAAUAAUGCGUUUCUUUUCUUAGAUUAUCUUCUUUUUACCAAUAAAAUUGAAAGGAGUGACCUUAUCUUUUUUUAGGCCUAAGAACGUUUUUCUUUCAAAGAUAAGUCCUUUUCAUGGAGAUGUAUCUAGUCUCUGGGCUUUAUUUGUAUAUCAUCUGCCCCUGUAUGUGUGUGUUAAGUAGACCCUGCUGAUUUAAAUUUCUUUGUCUUUCCAAAAAUAAAGAAAUAUUGCUUGUCUUUUCAUCAUUGAUUAGCGAAAAACCUAAUAUAAUUUCAGAACUUUUGGUCCAA